AUGGAGAGACAGCAACGGGCAUACGCGAAGAAGUUCCAACUGGAGUAUCCCAAGCGGCUGGAUGGACUCCAUAUGAGCCUCCUUUUGCACACACCGCUGUUCAGCAUGAUGCCGAAAAGGAACGUCCACAUGGACAUGAUCCACCUGGAGAAGGAAAGGCAGAAAUUAUCAGUAGGCGUGCAAAAUGAAAGAAAUAUAAAAAAUAAAGAAAAGGUGCACAUACUAAGCACGUACUAUACGGACAACGAACAGUUGGUCUACUCCUCACUGGCUUCAUUUGUUGAGUUAAAAAAAUAUUCCUUUGAGGGGUAUGUCAUAUCCACCUUUGCUAUUAAGGUAAAUCCCUCGUAUUACUCUGCGUGGAUAUAUAGAAGGAAAUGCCUGCGCAAACUGAAUUUGAACUUGCUAAAUGAAUUGCUCUUUACAAAGUGUGUUAUUUGCGACAAUAUAAAAAGUUUCCAGAGUUGGUUUCAUCGGAGGUGGCUAGUCGAGUAUAUUUGCAAACUGGCAAGGGGGGGUACGUUCCAGGGGGAGCAGGCGGAGAAGGCAAAUCGGGAGAAGCGCGCCGGUAGGCGCUCCGUGGGUGCAGCACACCGCACAGGGGAGCGCGGCUCGGGGGGGAGCAAAAUCGACGGGGACAGUUACGACUUGGAGGACGAGGGGAACUUCAUCAGCAGCGAUGGAAGUGAUGGAAGCGGUGGCAGAGAUGGAAGCGGUGGCAGAGAUGGAAGCGGUAGCAGCGAUGGAAGCGGUAGCAUCGAUGACAGUGCUGGCCACCCUGCAGAAGAGCGCCCCCACGAGGAGGACGCCUUUUUAAGCAACUGCGAAGAGGCGGACUUUGAGUCCGAAAAAAAAGAUAUCCUCAUUCUGCAGGAAGAUUUGCAAAACCUUGUCGAAAGCUGCGAAUUUUUCAAAAACGCGUUAAGGCCAAACGGAGAGCCGAUAAACAUAGACGAAUUUUUAUACGAAGAAAUGCUUUACAGUAACUGCGACAUAUUUCUGGACGCAAAAAAUUACAACUCCUGGGCACACAAAACAUGGCUAAUUGAUAAAUUAGGCAUUUUUAACAAUAAAUAUUUACGUGAACAAUAUAAUAUCAUAUCGCAUGAGUUUAAUUUCAUCAAUUAUUUUUUAAAACAUGACAUUUACAACAACUCCGUGUGGGUAUACAGAUAUUUUAUAUUCACCAAAUUGAAAUACACACGUAAGUUACACAAAAUGGAGAAGGAAAUUAAAUUCUGCUUAAAUUACGCCAAACAGUUCCCUCACAACGAGGCCAUUUUCAAGUACCUCUUUCGCGUCAUUUUUAUUUAUACCCAUAUGUACAAAAAAAAAAAAAAUGUGGCAGACAUUUUCGAAAUUCCGCUACUCCUCAAUUUGAAAGAAGAAUUGUCGAAACUGACCGAUCAGUCGAAAUAUGUCUUGAUUUUCCUUUCGGAACUUUACUCCUUCAAUGGGCAGCAUGCCCAGGAAGUGCAGUGCUACAGGCAUCUAGAAAAAAACGACAACUUUAACGAUGUUGUGUGGAGAUACAUAAUUGAGGAGGCCCAAAUGAAGCAAUAA